AUGGCAGAUUUGUGGACCCUUUUUCUUGCUUGUGCGGUAAUAAUUUUGUAUGUGUGGUGGAAGAAAACCUCUAGGGACUCCUCCUUACCCCCGGGUCCACCCACUAUUCCUUUCCUAGGAAAUCUACUCUCUGUGUCUCCUGAUACUAUGUUGGAGAAUUUCCAGACUUACAGAAAAAAGUAUGGAGAUGUUUUCAGCUUCCUUAACCUCAGUGUCAUCCUCUCUUCGGGGGAAUUUUGGAAAGAGCAAAGAACACUCAGUCUAAAUGCUCUCAGAGAGUUUGGAUUUGGAAAACGAAGCAUGGAAUCUAAAAUAUUGGAGGAGGUGGAUGUUUUUGUCCACGAAGUUCAGUCAACAAAUGGACAACCAUUCAAUAUGCAAGUUUUGAUAACUGUAUGCGUCUCAAAUAUUAUGUGUUCAAUUAACUUUGGUGAAAGAUUUGAACAUAAUGACAAAUAUUUCACGUCACUCAUCAAAACAAUUAACGAAAACUUAAACAAUGGAAAUAUGAUGUUUCUAGCGAGCAUUCUUCCGUUUUUAAGGUAUGUUCCCGGUGAUCCAUUAAAGAUUAGGAAAGCAUUGAAGAAUGUUGAUGUGGUGGAAGAAUAUCUUUUAAAAAUUAUCAGUGAUCACAAAGAAAGCUUUGAUGAAAAUAAUGUCAGAGAUUUCAUCGAUGUAUAUUUGAAGAAAAUGAAAUCGGAAGAGAGCAACCCAAACACGACUUUUGAUGACGCACAAUUGAUAAAACUUUUGGGAGAUCUUUUUGUUGCUGGAACGGAAACAACAUCUACAGCACUUAGGUGGUUUGCUGUUUUCAUGAUCAGGAACCCAGAAGUGCAGGAAAAGAUGCGCAAAGAAAUCAAUGACGUCAUAGGAAAUACCAGGUACCCUACUAUAAACGAUAGACCAAAUCUACCUUAUACAGAGGCAGUUCUCCACGAAGUACUUCGUAUUGGAUGUAUCGUCCCUUUGUCUGUCCCUCAUGGAUUAAAAACUGAUUUAAAAUACAAAGAAUUUAUUAUUCCGAAAGAUGUUAUUUUAAUUCCUAAUCUAUAUUUCGUACUUUUUGACCCAGGCGUGUUUGAAGAUCCGGAAGUCUUCCGGCCGCAGAGAUUCUUGGAUGAUGAGGGAAAAUUGAUUAACACAGACAAAGUCUUGACAUUCUCAGUUGGUCGUCGUGUUUGUCUUGGCGAAUCCUUGGCUAGGAUGGAAUUGUUUCUGUUUACUUCAUCUAUGGUGCAGCGAUUUAAAAUCCUUCCAGCUGACCCCAAACAGAUACCACCAUUGAAGGGGGUUCUCGGGGUGACUUAUGGUCCAAAAGACGUCUUAUUAAAGGCAACCAGUGUUUAGUUGUUUAAUUUCUUGUAUAUAAA